AUGUCUUCUCACGCUAUUAUACCGGAGGGCAAACCCCAUCCAGCAGACUUUGCAGCCAAGGAUAAUCCAGCUUUCAUACUAUAUGAUAAACUCAAGACAGGAUACGAGGAGCAACCCAUCCCUGAGCUUGGUCCCGAUGAAGUUUUAGUGGAAAUCAAGAAGACCGGUAUUUGCGGCUCGGAUGUCCACUUUUAUAACACCGGUGGAAUGGGUCUAGUAGCACUUGAAGAGCCAAUGUGUCUAGGUCACGAAUCGGCCGGCGUACUAGUUCAGCUUGGUGCUAACGGAUUAGUCAGUAAGGGAGUUUUGCAAUUGGGUGAUAGAGUGGCUUUGGAACCUGGAGUCACUUGUAGAAUGUGUACGGAUUGCAGAGGUGGAUGCUAUCAGAUCUGCGAGCACAUGGUAUUCGCAGCUUAUCCUCCUUCUAGAGGAGGCACUUUGCAGCGAUAUUACAAAUUACCAGCAGAUUUGGUUUAUCGACUCCCUGAGUCCGUCGGCUUAGAGUAUGGAGCAAUGAUGGAACCUCUUUCCGUCGCCGUACAUGCCGUCGCCAAUAAAGGAAGUAUGAGAACAGGCUAUAACGUUUUGAUCUUUGGUGCUGGACCUGUCGGGUUAUUAGCUAUGGCAGUGGCCAAAGGUUUAGGAGGAAAUAGGAUCGUUGCUGUUGAUAUAAAUGAAGAGAGGUUAAACUUCGCGAAAGAUUAUGCUGCGACUGAUGUCUAUAUUCCUAUCAAACCAAAUGCGGAUGAACCUCGACCUGCAUAUUCAGUCAGAGCGGCAGCGGAUCUUUUAUUGUCUUUAGGUAUUCCAACUAGAGGCCCAGGAUCGAUCGACUUGGUAGUUGACGCUACAGGAGCGGAAGUUUGUAUCCAAAUGGGAUUGAACGCUAUCAAACCUGGAGGUACUUAUGUUCAAACUGGUUUCGGACCUCCCGAUAUUCAAGUGCCAAUGUUCAGGAUCACCACCAAUGAGGUUCAAAUUAAGGGUGGAUGGAGAUAUGGGAAUGGAGAUUAUCCCCUCGCGAUCGAUUUGGUAAAUAGAGGAUUAGUAAAUCUUGAACCACUCUUAACUCAUACAUUCAAAUUCAAAGACGCGUUGGAGGCCUUUGAAAUCACUAAAGCUGGUAAAGAUAAGAAUGGUAAAUUUGUGAUCAAAUGCGUGAUCGAUGGCCCGGAAUAA